AUGGAUGUAGUUUCACAAUAUUGGCUAAAAACGACCACAUAUAACACAGCAGUUGGUAUCUAUGCCACGUUACCAUUUAUCAUGGCACCCGCUCUUCUCUUUGUGAAUGCACCUUAUGGUAGAUUUGCAGGAAAGUUUGGAAUUGACUGUAGUUUAUCUGGGAAAUGGGGAUGGUUUAUUAUGGAGUUUGUAUCGCCCGUCAUGUUUGCAACCUCAGUCGUGAUUGCACGACCUACGUGGACACCCUUUCAAAUAAUAUUAACGUCAGCUUGGUUAAUCCAUUACAUCAAUCGAAGCAUUAUUUACCCAUUACGAGCCACGUCCAUGGCACCCCUUCAUGUGCUGGCAUUUGUAUGUUCCAUUGCCUUUAAUAUGCUCAAUGGGUAUACAAAUGGUAUGUGGGUAGCACGUCAUAGCCAAUCUAUUUACGAGUACAAGUUCUGGGCUGGUAUGAGCUUAUGGGUAAUGGGAUUUGUUAGUAACAUAUAUCACGACACGUUGCUAUUCAAGUUACGGAAAAAGACAAUGACAGGCAAGAAACGAUAUGCUAUCCCACAUGGUGGAUUAUUUGAAUAUGUUAGCUGUCCUAAUUAUUUUAGUGAAACCAUGGAAUGGAUGGGGUUUGCGAUUGCAACUGCAUACAGCGUUCCAGCCUAUAUUUUUGUGGCAGCGACUGUAUCCAACCUAUUUCCAAGAGCAAUACGUACACAUGAAUGGUACAAGAAUGAAUUUAAAAAUUACCCCAAAUCAAGAAAAGCAGUGAUUCCCUAUAUUUAUUAA